AUGAAGCUCUUCACCAUCAUCACCAUCCUUGCUCUCGGGCUUGUCGCCACUACGUCAGCUGACACGGUAGACCUUAUUAGCGAUUGUGACAGCAGCGUAACUGGUCCUUACCGCUGUGGCAUGUACAGCACCUGCUGUUACGACGAGACCACGGGCAGAAGCACCUGCCAAUCACAUUGCUAA